AACUCCAGAUUUCAGGCUCUCCAAAACAGAAUUUUAUUUUACCAAGAAAACGGAGGAAGCAGAGCAAGAAAGGAAAGCAAAAACAGAGCAAGACUGAUAGAGAAAGAGAUGGGAGGGGUGACAUCGUCCAUGGCAGCGAAAUUUGCCUUCUUUCCACCAAACCCACCAUCAUACAAGCUAAUAACAGACGACCUUAAUGGUCUCUUGCUUUUGAGCCCCUUCCCUCAUCGUGAAAAUGUCGAAAUCUUGAAAUUGCCCACUAGGAAAGGCACAGAGAUAGUGGCAAUGUACAUAAGGCAUCCUAUGGCUACCUCUACUCUUCUUUACUCUCACGGUAAUGCUACCGAUCUGGGGCAGAUGUAUGAGCUCUUCAUCGAAUUGAGCAUCCACCUGAGGGUUAAUCUAAUGGGGUAUGACUAUUCCGGGUAUGGGCAAUCAUCUGGAAAGCCGAGUGAGCAGAAUACAUAUGCAGAUAUUGAAGCUGCAUACAAGUGUCUUGAAAAAAGUUGUGGCACUAAGCAAGAAGACAUUAUCCUUUAUGGACAAUCUGUUGGAAGUGGCCCCACCUUAGAUCUUGCAGCUCGACUGCCCCAGUUACGAGCUGUAGUUCUGCAUAGUCCCAUACUCUCAGGUUUAAGAGUCAUGUAUCCUGUCAAGCGUACAUAUUGGUUUGAUAUUUAUAAGAAUAUUGAUAAAAUUCCACUAGUUAAUUGUCCUGUUCUUAUCAUUCAUGGAACUUCAGAUGAAGUUGUGGAUUGCUCCCAUGGUAAGCAACUCUGGGAACUGUGUAAAGAAAAAUACGAACCGCUCUGGCUUAAAGGAGGCAACCACUGCGAUCUAGAGCAGUUUCCAGAGUAUAUCAGGCAUCUGAAGAAGUUCAUAUCAACUGUUGAGAAACCUCCUUCUCAAAGAUACACUUCAAGGAGAAGUACAGACCAGUUUGAGCAACCCCGGAAGAGUACUGAUGUUUUUGAAGUUUCGAGGAAAAGUACAGACAGGAGAGAAAAACCAAGGCAUAGUACUGACAGACCUGAGAAACUGAAAAACCAAUCCAAUCAUGCUGAUAAACUGGAAAAACUCAAAAAUCAGUCGAGCAAUGCUGAUAAACUAGAAAAGCUGCGUGUCUCCUUUGAUCAAAGGUCUCGAAAAAGUGUUGAUUGCCAUGAGAAGUCUCAGAAAUGCAUCGACCACCAACUGGAAAGGGCAAGAAAAAGCGUCGACAGGUUGGAUAGAAUACGAACAGGUUAACACUUGAAACCAACUAUUAAUGUCAUGCAUGGUUUUGGAGUUGUGGGCAAUUUAUUUGGCUUAUUUGUUUCUAAUUUAUAUGGUUUUUUCGGCUGCUUAAUUGGCUUGUGUUAUCUCCACAAUAACUGUUGGCAUAAAAUGAGAAAAGGUUGAUGAAUCUUGCAUUAUCA